AUAUUUAUUUAUAAUCAAUAAUUAAGACGAAUUAAAAUAUAAUAAGAAUAGAAUUAAUAUUUUUUAUGGAAAAAUCAAUUGAAAUAAUGAUAACUCAUGCCCUUGAUUCAACUGCGUCAGUAUUGGGUUUUUGAAUCAGCUGUUUCUGAUUUUUGUUGGUGAGCUCUUUUUGCAUUUUGCUUGGAAGUUGGAUGAAAAGUGAAUAGAUUUUGACGUCGCAUGCCGAUUACCUGGCGAUGUAAUGGAUUAAUUAUCUUUUAUAUUGCAAUUAUUUGAUACUUUUAAUGUUAUAAAAUGACCAUUCACGUAUAAUUUUUCAUAAAUCAAUUUAUAGAAACAAUAAGAAUAAUUGUUAUUUUGUUGAAAUGUUUAACUUUUGGAGUGUUCUUGUAGUGCUAGUAGUUUUAGGGUUGUAUGAAGAUAGACAAUGCAAUGGGUUUUAUCUACCCGGUUUAGCACCUGUCAAUUAUUGCAAGAAGGGAGAAUCAUCCCAAACUUGUUCGUCAAACAUUCAACUGUAUGUGAAUCGUUUGAACACCGAAGAAUCUGUCAUUCCAUAUGAAUAUCAUCACUUCGAUUUUUGUCAAACCGAUGAAAGUAAAUCUCCAGCUGAAAACUUGGGACAGGUUGUGUUUGGAGAAAGAAUCAGAAAUUCUCCUUACAAGAUUGAAUUCAAAAAGGAUGAAGAGUGUGCAACUAUCUGCAAAAAAACAUAUGUCGGCGGCAAUGCUGAGUCGGAAGGGAAAUUGAGUUUACUAAAAAAAGGAAUGAGCUUGAAUUAUCAGCAUCAUUGGAUUGUUGGUGAGCAUUACUUUACGCAGAUUGAAGUCUGCGGUAGAAAUAAACUGUUAAAAUCCUUGAAAAUGUACAACAAGCCAAACACCUUCUAUAUUUUCAACCACGUUGUCUUGACCAUUACCUAUCACAGUGGAGAGGGCGAGGAGUGGGGAGGUUCAUUCCAAGGAAAUGGAGGAAGGAUUGUGUCUGUGAAAGUGGUGCCACACAGUGUCGAUCACAGCAAGGGCGAGGGCUGCAAGUCCUUACAUCCCAUGGAGAUCCCAGCUAGGAAGCUCAAAAAUGACGAAAAGUUGGAUAUCACUUACACGUAUCAAGUCAUUUUCACCAAAAAUAACACCGUUAAAUGGUCAUCGAGAUGGGAUUACAUCCUGGAGUCCAUGCCUCAUACCAACAUCCACUGGUUCAGUAUUCUGAACUCUCUGAUGAUUGUUUUGUUCUUGUCAGGAAUGGUUGCAAUGAUCAUACUUCGCACCUUGCACAAAGAUAUUGCUAGGUAUAACCAGAUUGACUCAGGAGAAGACGUGCAAGAGGAAUUCGGCUGGAAGCUGGUUCACGGUGAUGUCUUCAGACCUCCAAGAAAAGGCAUGCUUCUGUCAGUGCUGCUUGGCUCUGGGGUGCAGGUCUUCUUCAUGACUCUUGUCACUUUAGCUUUCGCAUGUCUUGGAUUCCUAUCCCCAGCCAACCGAGGCGCACUGAUGACUUGUGCCAUGGUUCUGUAUGUGUGCCUAGGCACACCAGCUGGCUACGUUUCUGCUCGCAUUUACAAGAGUUUCAAUGGAGAAAAAUGGAAGUCGAAUGUUCUUCUCACAUCGAUGCUUAGCCCUGGGAUUGUGUUCUGUCUGUUCUUUGUGAUGAACCUGAUUCUGUGGCAGAAAGACAGUUCGGGAGCGGUUCCGUUUACAACUCUUAUUGCUCUGUUGUCGAUGUGGUUCUGUGUAUCUGUUCCUCUCACAUUCAUUGGCUCCUAUUUCGGCUUCAGAAAGAGGGCUUUGGAACAUCCAGUCAGAACCAACCAAAUUCCCAGGCAGAUUCCCGAACAAAGUAUGUACACCCAGCCCAUUCCAGGAAUAAUUAUGGGAGGAGUUUUGCCCUUCGGCUGCAUAUUCAUUCAACUCUUCUUCAUAUUGAACUCGAUCUGGUCCAACCAAAUGUAUUAUAUGUUCGGGUUCUUAUUCCUGGUUUUUGUAAUAUUGGUUAUUACAUGCUCUGAGACGACAAUCCUUCUUUGCUACUUCCAUCUUUGUGCCGAGGACUAUCAUUGGUGGUGGAGAAGUUUCCUGACGAGUGGCUUCACUGCUGUUUACCUUUUCAUCUACUGCGUCCAUUACUUUGUGACCAAGCUGAAUAUUGAAGAUCUCGCAUCAACAUUUCUCUAUUUUGGAUACACACUCAUCAUGGUCUUCUUAUUUUUCCUGCUUACAGGGUCGAUUGGAUUUUUCGCCUGUUUCUGGUUUGUUAGGAAGAUCUACAGUGUUGUCAAAGUCGACUAAGUCCUCUAUUCUAGUGAUUUCUUGAGAGAUAAUCUGUGCCUGUUGGGGUGGAACGAAUGUAUCUGUGGAAGACUGUUGGCUUUGUGCCAAAACUAGAGAUUAUGUCCUACACUGGGAAUAAUUAAUACUGCAAUCGACAUCUUGUUAAGAAUACUAAAAUAUGAAGCGAGAUACUCUUUUUCCAUUUAAAAGAACCAUUUACUUCUUCAAUAAUGGCAAUGUGCGCACUAAACUUAGUCUGUUUCAAAGUGAUUAUGUUCUAUUUGAGUGUUUGAGUUAGUGGAGAAAUCUUAAUGAUAACUUAACGAUGAUAUAAAUUUACAUGUGAAUUUCAAUACUGAUCUUAAAUCGUGUAACCACUUUGAAAAUAUUAGGAUUAAUUUCACUUACCUUACUGUUGAAUUGUAAAAUAUGGUAUACUUAUUACGUGUAGAUUUUGAUUUUUGAUAAAGUUUAAUCAAUAGAAUUUCUUACAUAUAAGCAAUAUCAUAUUUUUAUUAUUGUCAGUCAAUUUAAAAAUGUAAUAAAUUAUUCUUGUCCUACACCUGUUUGAUGUAGGGUGAAGAAAUGGAAAUGUUGAAAUAAUUAUGUUUCAUGACUUUAAUUAUUCUUUAGUAUUAUAUUCUCUAGCUUUUAAUCAAACUAAUGUUCUAUUCCAUUUUGAAAAUGAAUUAGAAUUCAUUCAUACCUGUAUAACAGUGAACUGUCCUGUAAUUUUUUUCAGACUAAGAGUUGAAAAUAUAAUAAUAAAUUAUUGUAUUAUAAUUAGCUUGUGUAAAGUAAAUAAAGCUUAUUUUAUAAAUACAUUAAAAUUGAUUAAAUUGUUUUAAGGAUCUGUG